CCAGAUAGACGGUAAGCUGCCAAGAUUAUCUUGCGCAUAUAACCUUUAAAGAGAUCCUCAUGAGUCGUAAAGAUUAUGUUCGCUUCUACAAAAACUGCAUGCUAUCUAAUCAGCUCCCGUCAGUCUCAAUAUGGUUUCCAGCUAUCACGAUCAAUACCAAACCAGUUGGGGUCUGGAGGCAGUUCCUAGACAACAAAAGAAAUGGCUCUCCCUAUUUACUCUGCGGUUUGCCGCAGCUUUAUGUCAGAUGACUGUCGUGAUUUGCUUUGCUUGGGCUUAUGCCGAGCACGAGAAGCCAGUCGCCUAUAUUGAUGGCCUGGGAAGUGCCUGGUCAAGUAUUAAUUUGGGAACAGCCUCUUACGCAUUUCUCUGGUCCGCUGUCUUUCUUGCAGUCGUCUUGAUCUUCAACUGUAGAGUACAUCCCGGUGCGAGCAUCACAUUUGAUUGCCUGGCUUUCCUUGCGCAAAUUAUCACCGUCAGCUUCUAUGUCAACGAAUUUGCCGAGUAUCAACAUGGUGGUUACUCAGAGAAUACCAAAGAAGCUAAAAGGCUAUAUGGAGUGGAAUGCUUUGGAAUCGCUGUGAUGUUUUUGGGGCUGAUUUUCAACUUGAUUCUCAUGAUCAGAGCCUCUAUAGCUUGCCAUGUCGAGCGAAAGAUCGGAAAACAGGGUACUCAGCCAAAGUUAGACGACGCCUAAUCGUCUCGUGAGCUAUCAUUGAAGAAUCGCACUUCCAGCGCCAUUUAAAUUGGCUGAGAUGUGGGCCUUGGGGAUGAAAUCAGAACUGUGGUCUGAUUUUUAAUGUUUAAUGUCUAAUAAGUAGUCGUUUGAUUUUUUAAAACGGAAAUUCAGACCUUCAACACCUCGAAGAGCGAUGCCAACAGUAAAAUACUAAGACAUCGAAUGAGA